AGGCAGACACCUCCUUGGCCGGACGUCUGGACCAUGGACCGGGAUUCGAGUGAAGAAGACAGUGUGGUGGACCUCAGUUUUGAGGUAGAGAGUCCUCUGGCGCCCCCCCCUGAGCUCCUGGAGACACUGCCCAGCUACGACUGGCUUCUUCCACAGGGCAGACGGCAGAUAUUCUUCCCACCUUUGGAGGCCCCAGGGAGGCCCCAGGAACAAAGAUCCUGGUCUUCAUUACUGGAACACAGAGUCCCUGUGAUGACGGAGGCGGAGGCCCGUGAUGCCCUCCUCAGCUUCGUGAACUCUAAGUGCUGCUAUGGCAGCGCAGUGGCCGGCGACCUCACCAUCCGUGAGCUGAAGCAGCAAACCCUCUGCAGGUAUCGACUAGAGACCUUCAGUGAAUCCAGGAUGAGUGAGUGGACAUUUCAACCCUUUACUAAUCACUCAGUGGAUGGGCCGCAAAGAGGCGCUUCCCCCAGGCUCUGGGACAUGAAGGUCCAGGUGCCCCCGAUGUUUCAGGAAGACACCAGGAAGUUCCAAGUCCCUCACUCCUCACUGGUCAAGGAAUGCCACAAAUGCCACGGGCGUGGGCGGUACAAGUGCAGUGGCUGCCAUGGGGCGGGCAUGGUAAGAUGCCCAUCUUGCAGUGGAGCCAAGCGCAAAGCCAAGCAGUCCCGGAGGUGCCAGCUGUGCUCAGGGUCUGGCAGACGGAGGUGCAGCACGUGCUCGGGACGGGGGAGCAAGACCUGUGCCACCUGCAAGGGCGAGAAGAAACUGCUACACUUCAUCCAGCUGGUCAUCAUGUGGAGGAACAGCCUGUUUGAGUUUGUGUCUGAGCAUCAGUUCGACUGCCCUGGGGAGCUCCUUGCUAAAGCCAAAGGGGAAAACCUCUUUAAGGAUGAAAACUCAGUGGUGUACCCUAUUGUGGACUUCCCCCUGCGGGACAUCUCUCUGGCCUCUCAGAGGGGCAUUGCCGAGCACAAUGCUACCCUGGCCUCCCGUGCCCGAGUCCUGCAGCAGCGCCAGACCAUCGAGCUGAUCCCUCUCACAGAAGUUCAUUACUGGUACCAAGGAAAGACUUAUGUCUACUACAUCUAUGGCACCGACCACCAGGUGUAUGUGGUGAACUACCCCGAGAGGUACUGCUGUGGCUGCAUCAUCCUCUGACAUAGCCCCGCUGUCCCCCGAGCCGCCGUUCGCAUCUGCCAAGGAGGACAACCGACCGUCUCUGAGUGCACCAACACUGGACGAUCACAUACGCACCCUGGCA